AUGUCGCGAAUGAAGUAAGAUUGUAAGUUCAUCUAACUAAUUAGUAAUAUUUUUCAGGAGAACUAGAAAGAAGAGAACGACAGUUAGAGCGCAUUCAAAAAUUCAGAGAAACGUGACAAUUGAUGAGGAAGAAUCAGCUAGUGGAAUUGAUCCAAUAUUUCAACCUGCAGAACAAGGAGUUCGGAAAACUUUGAGUUGGAUUUUGAAAACACGUAGGUUCUAGAUUUCAUCAAUUUUUUUUUGAAAUACAGAUUUUUUUAAGAAAAUCAACCUGGUGGAUUGAUUGAUGCCUAUUCAAAAAUCAUGGAUAAAGUUCCAAACAAUAUGGAAUUUGCACAAGGAUCAAAAGGAGAAAAUUCGAAACGAAGAUAUCAAAUGUUUUGA